GAAUGCAGCGUCGGCCGUCGAGAUCCUCUCGCAGGUCCCGUCGUGUGCCGUGAGUGAUUGUGGCAUCAGCCAGGCCUUCGUCGCGCUAAAACAUCCACCAUCUAGUCGGAGUGCAUCAGCAGCACAUUCAUCACGUCCGCCUGCGAUUCAGAAGACGUGACUGCGUGCAUCUGUCUCGACAUUGCUGUCCAAUCGGAGCUUUCGACAUGUGUGCAGACGAACUGCCCGUUUGACGAUCAACUAAGUUGGCCCCGCUGUUUCCUCUCUGGAAGCCCAUCUGACCUUCUGAAGCUGCAGCAACGGUAGAGGGAGCCCUGUGCGAAGCGUAUCCGAAAGCAUCGCGAAGGACGGAAGUCCGGCGGACGCUCAUCAUUAGCUGCAGUCUUGUGCUGUUCAUCGUGACGCUCCGUCUUUUCACGAGCAAGCAGUAUGCGGGUGGUCUAUGGAGGGACGACUACAUGACCAUCCUCGCGGCGGCACUCCUCAUCGCCUUGGCCGCGGUCUAUCUGCACAUUACAAGCAUCGGCUUCGGCAUGCACUACUGGACGAUACCGUUGGUAAUGGGGUCGUUAUCCGAAAGGUUCGGCGAUCCGGGCCCGCCAGCUGUUUGUGGUUCGUGGUACCCCGUCCUAACGCCGAGUCAGAUGCUGUACGUCGGAAACUUGAUCUACACCAUCCUUCAAGCCGCCGUGAAGCUGUCGAUCGUGCUCUUCCUCGCCGCAUUUUCCCGUCGGAGACCUUUCGGAGGAUCGCCCAGGGCCUGCAGGCCAUUCUGCUACUGCAUGGCACGCUCUUCAUCGUCCCGUUCGCGACGCAAUGCGUGCCUGUGCAGUCGAUAUGGGAUCGCACCAUCACCGACCGCCAAUGUCUAAACUUGCAAGCUGUGGGCUACAGCAGUGGCGGGCUUGCCAUGGCGGAGGACAUCGCCAUCUUGCUGCUGCCGAUCCCCUACGUGUGGCGGCUCAAGAUUUCUCUCCGGCGACGCCUGGCCGUCAUCGCGCUGUUCAGCAUUGGUUCAUUGUGAGUUAGGUCUCAAGUCUCGGCAGAAGGGUGAGGGAGAAGGCUCACACGGCAGACAGCGCGUGCGUGACGUCGGCGGUCCGGGUCAGA